GCGGAGCGUCUCCAGGAUCGAGACGUCCAAGACUACAACAGACUACAACAGAAAGAAGGUACUUUGUUGUGCCAUUUGUUAACGUCCACACUCCGCUGGCAUCACUGUAGACAUGCAUAUGUACGUGGCUCUGCUUCCAGUUCUUGCUGUGUUCUUGCUGCCAGGAGCAUGGAGUCAGAGCAGCGGCAGCAACAGCAGACUCGGUGUGGUGGUUGAAGCCAAGAACAUCACACUCCCUACAGGAAGUAAGGCCGUCCUGCCUUGCCACAGCCCUCGCAUGGUGUGGACCCGGGACAGACUGAAGGACCGCCAGAGGGUGGUGCACUGGGACCUGAUGCGCAAUACUCCCAAAUACUCAGUGGAACGAGUCCUGGAUAUGUCCCCCGGAGCCCGACUGAGGGUCUACAACAACUUCAACAAAGGUCGCGUUUCCAUUCCAGAAUCUGCAUUUAAAGAUGGCAACUUCUCCCUCGUCAUCAACAAUGUAAUCCAAAGUGACAGAGGAGUUUACACGUGUAAUCUACAUCAUCAUUACUGCCAAAUUCAACAGUCUGUUCAGAUCCAGCUCAACGUGACUAAGUCAGCACAAAAAGAGAAGCGUUACUGGGAUGGAGAGAAAACCAUUUUUGUGGUCUUGUUGGGCACCUCUGUGGUGUUGCCAUGCGUCAACCGGCGCCCCCUAUGGCGAGAUGGUGUCCAGGAGGACCAGCAGCAGGUGGCCCACUGGGACUUCCAGCCCCCGGGGGUGCGUCCUGACAGGGCUGACCGCCUGGUGGACCUCUACGCUUCUGGAGAACGGCGGGAUUACGGACCACUCUUUGCUGAGAAGAAGAUGAGUGUGGCCGAGGACGCUUUCACACUCGGAGACUUUUCACUGUCCAUUUCCAACUUGAAGCCAAUUGAUAAAGGCCUGUACUCCUGCCACCUGCAUCACCAUUACUGCGGCCUGCAUGAGAGACGCAUUUUCAGACUCACUGUGGGUCCUUCACUUCCAUCAGAGCCCACCACAACACAGACAACCUUCCACAACGAUGACCCUGAACCAAGGGUUGAAGAAGUGGAGAGUCCUCACGUAGUCAAUGUCAUCCUCCCUGAGCAUCGUGGCUAUUUCGUGCAACAUUUGGGUUAUUUCCUGGCAACCGUCCUGCUUCUGGCCUUCAUCGUUGUCGCAAUCGUCAUGGUAACUCGACGGCGCAAAAAGAGAGGCCUGGCAUAUGACCUGCGUAGAUCUGAUGAGGGAAAUGUCAUAAAUGAGGGUGAAAUCUCAUUAAAUUGCACAGAGCUGAAGACCAGCAACCAAGAACCACUGAAUUCAGAUUACAAAAACAACCUCCUGAAAGAGAGAGACAUGAGCAAAGACUGCAACAAGGACUUUGAUGGGAAGCUAUGGAAGUGAGACAUUUUAGAGACGCUGCUGGCAGGACCAGAGCAAAUGUCAUGAGAGAAGCGGGGAAAAAAGAAAAAGCAAGGAGAGGACAGGAGGAACGCUCCCUCUGCUGAAACUCUGUUUUAUAACUCGCAUUUUUUUCUAGUAGUUCUGAAAAUACUAUUCACCUUUAUUUGGUCGUUUCUAGUUUAUGUUGACUAUCAGGUAUCAGUCUUUUUUUUUUUGAGUGCAAUACGCAUUCUAUUUCAUUUUCCAGCAUGAUUCAGCUGUAAUGUGCAUGCGUGCAGAUUUUUUUUUCUAAAUUGUGAUUUGUUAUUGGCUUGUUUUUUUUUGCACAAAUUCUGCUGUAUUGUAAUUAGUAAAAGAUAUUUAAUCAUGUUUUACAUGUUCACUUAAUGUAUGCGGGCAGAAUAUUUGGCGUUGUGACACAUUUCGAUGGCACUCUCUUGCCACUUUUUCUGAGGAUAUUUAUACCUACAACCAUUCCCAAUGUGUAUGUAAAACUUGUUCAUAUACUAGUUGUUUAGAACAUGUUUAUUCAAAAUGUAUGAGUUAAAAAAAAUUAAGUGUUUGGAUAAACAAUCUUCUCAGGACAGGUCAUGUCUACCCUUUUGUUUGCACCAAGUCAUGUAUUCUCCACACUGAGCUGUAGUCACUAAACCUGAUGCUGUAUGGUAAAUUCCUUGCAUCUUAAUUGGGUCACUGCACUUGUAAAUGUGUUUACAACAAAGUCAAAUCACAAGUGUACUUAGGACAACUUUUUUCUUUCUUACUAUUUUGCUCUCUUGCACACUGGCACACACUCGUCUGUUGCUUCGUUCUUAUUUCAUAUAUGUCUUCAAUUAAAAUUCAA